AUGGCGCAUCCAGCUGCUGGAGACAUUGUGAUGUAUACACCCACACGCAUCGUCUUCGCGAUUGCCUCAGGUUCCUGGACGGGAAAACCAGCACGGAAGAAACGUCCAUGCGUUGUGCUCUUUGUCAACCCGCACACUGCUAUGCAAGCAGUAGCCCCACUAUGCGGAGCAGUGCAUAAAAAUGCAGGUUGGCAAAGACGUGAUGGGAUGGUCGUGAAUUGGUGGCACCCUAUACUAUUUGCCAACACUGGCGUCCCCGUACCUCCAGAUGGUGCUCUUAUUCAACGUCAACCAAUCAUCAUUACCUAUAACCCCUGGUAUUCAAAGCCGUCAUUUAUGUCGGACUUCAAGCCAAGUUACAUAUGGGCUGGAGAUUCCGGUGAAUGGGUACAACAUCAGACGUCGCAGCAAUUAGAAGUAGUGGGUGAAUACCUGAGAGUUGACGCUGGACAACUCAACCACCUGGUGUGCUGGCAGAGUCACUGGGCUCUCUGGAAUCCCCCCCCUGCAUAA